AGCGCGACGACUCACUUAGUAAGACUGCCUCCCGAGGAGAGAAUCUCAGUACACGGGUUGUAGAAGACCCGACCAGAGGGUAGAUUUGCCGUCAUAAAAAUAACGCACCAAAACGACGAAGUUCAUCGCCUUGGUAGUACUAUAGAAACAUUCGCAGCAGGUGUUUUACAGUAUACCAAGAGUACGUAUAUUGUAACGCGCUUGGAAUCAUGGCGAUGUCGAUUCGGAAUUUGUUGUUUUUUAUUGCCUGCCUGGGAUUAUUCAGCAGUGCCAAGGGCAAACUGUGCUCAGAGCUGUCACUGAAGAGCGGUUUUGCAUGUGACAGGGAUGAUAUGGAAUAUCGCAGAUAUUUCUUAUGUGUUCCGGGGUUGGAAAUGCCAUACGUGUACAACUGCGCUAGCGGCACGUACUGUAACGAUGACGUCACAUUCCAGUGUGGAUUCACGAAACCAAAUAGACAAGAACCGGAAACAACAACUACUACUACUACUACAACUACGACCUCUGAGACGCCUAUCGACCCGUGUGCGUUGACGAUAUGUUCCAACGGAGGAACGCCGACAGCUUCUGGAUCGUCGUGUACUUGCCGCUGUCGCCCAGGGUAUACCGGCGGCAGGUGUAAUCUAGAUGUCAAUGAAUGUCUCAGUAACAACGGCGGCUGCCAGCAGAUGUGCAGAAACUUCUGGGGCGGCCACGAGUGUCGGUGUCAGGCCGGCUAUAGACUGGGGGCAGACGGGAAGUCUUGUCAUGAUAUAGAUGAGUGUCAGGACAUGAACAAGUGUGACGUCAACGCCGUAUGCCAAAACACACCCGGCAGCUACACGUGCAAAUGCAACGCAGGGUAUGUGGGAGACGGACACACCUGUACAGUGGCUGACAUGUGCGCGGGAGUCACGUGUCAGAAUGGCGGCACACCUUACGACAAUGGCUUCACCUGUCUGUGCCAGUGUUUAACAGGUUACUAUGGCGACCGCUGUGAACAAAAGCCCCCGGUUGGAUGUUCACCACCAAUAGACGGAGUAAACUCAGACCAUGAUUACACUGGUAGUGGACCAGUACCUGUAGGCGUUAUUAUCACCUAUACCUGCCGUGACGGACACUACAUACCUGGUGGAGCGUCAACUGACAUGAUAACGUGUCAGAAAGAUGGGACAUACGACAAAGCUGUAGCUGAUUGCCACCCUGGAUGUCCACUACCCCUGGACGGAAUAAAUGCUGUUAUCGAUUACAAUGGUCCUGCACCAGUACCUGAAGGCACGGUGGUCACCUAUAGCUGUGUUUUGGGAAACGUCAUGGAUGAUGGAACAGCAAUUAAGGCAAUAGAAUGUCUGUCCGCCGGAGUUUACGACAGUGGUCCGGCUAAUUGCCAAAAAGCUGGUUGUGCUGUUAACAAUGGCGGCUGUUCCCACACCUGUACGAAUGUUAACGGCGGUGUCAAAUGUUCCUGUUCGGCGGGCUAUGUUCUGGGCAGCGACGGAAAGACUUGUGAAGACGAUGACGAAUGUGCGGUCAGGAACGGCGACUGUAGUCACACGUGUAAGAACAACCUGGGUGGAUACAAAUGUGAAUGUCCGAGUGGAUAUGAACUCGAGGAUGACCAACUGACCUGCAGGGUCAUCACUCCAGACAACGGUGACUGUGCCGUUAACAAUGGCGGCUGUUCCCACACCUGUACGAAUGUUAACGGCGGUGUCAAAUGUUCCUGUUCGGCGGGCUAUGUUCUGGGUAGCGACGGGAAGACUUGCGAAGACGAUGACGAAUGCGCGCUCAGGAACGGCGACUGUAGUCACACGUGUAAGAACAACCUGGGCGGAUACAAAUGUGAAUGUCCGAGUGGAUAUGAACUCGAGGAUGACCAACUCACCUGCAGGGGCCCUGAUCCAUUGUGUUACGGAGGCCAGGUUUGGAAGACGUGUGGCAGCGACUGCACCGCCACCUGUGAGGAACGCGACACACCACCGAUGUGUACCUUGAACUGCGUGGCGCGGUGUGAGUGUCCGCCAGAGAAACCCUACUACCACAACUUCAGAUGUGUGGACGAGUCAGAAUGCCCCACUCAUGGCACUAAUGACACCACGGGACCGAUUCCUAAAUUGAAGUGUCCGGAAGAGCCAGACCCUAGAGUAUACCUCGGCACCAAACAACGCGUGUGUACGGCAGACAUGUACUGUGGUGUUAAUGAGAAGUGCUGUCGUUCCAAAAUCAGUGGAUGUGUGUGCUUCCCGGGUACAUAUGACGAUGUUGAAGGAGGUAUGGAGAGUAGGACGGAGCAAGUACCAGAGUGUCCGGCGGUUCCGGCUCCUACUGACUUGAAGAUGGUCCGUGUGUGCACGGAGGACGCCCAUUGUGACCAACGCCAUCGCUGCUGCCCUGUCACUGCUAAAGGGUCAUGUUUUACCGGGAAAAUAUGCGUGGACAUGAGAAACCCCUUUGGAACAAAGCGUUAGAAAAGCAGAACAGUUAUUUACUUUAAUGUAACUUGACUUGAGUCAGUUGGAAAAGAAUUUUGCAGUCAAACGAUGCCUAAGUUACCGCCAAUGAGCCAAGACAUCAAACAAGAACAUCCCUUCUCUGGUUUGGUGUCGCUUUUAAACGGGUAUUUGAGAGUUACGUUGACACACACACAAACACACACACACACACGAAAAUUUGAACGCAAGAAAUUUGAAGCAAUCGCUUGACGAAAAAUAUUCCGAGUUAAAGUAUGUUG